AGAAAAUGUUAAAUAUCAAAAUCGUGUAUCAAAGAAAAGUGCACAAAUUACCACCAAAGAUUAAAUCAUAUUAAGAAAUUGUUGAGGCCAUAAUGAGCUUAUAUCCUUAGAUAAAAAAAGUUUAUUUAUAUGCUAUCAUCAAACCUUGUAGAUAUUUAAAAUAUUCUUAGCUGAUCCUAAUGGAGCUGAAGAGAUUACUUGUGAAUUAGCUUUAAACUAUUUAAAGAAGAUGUACAAUUAAAUGGGAUGGCCAACAAUUAAAUUACUAGUUUUAGAGAAUUAAAAUGAUCAAAAUCAACUUAGAAAUUCAAUAGAUUUACUUAAUCAAAGUUAAAUGAUUCUAGAUAAAUCAAACUAUUUAGAUAAAUCUAAUAUUAACAAGUAAAUUAAAUUAUUUAAUACUAGAACAACAUAAAAAUAGGUAAAUGAUUAUAGAUAGGAUGAGAAAUUAAAAUAAAUUCUCGUAUAAAUAAUUGAUGAGCGUCUUAGAUUUUAUAAUCUAUUAGGAUCAUCUAAUAAUGAAAAUGAAAUGAUUGUUAAAGCCAAGAGAUUAUCAGAAGUUUUUAAUUAAUAUUCUUAUGAUUGGAUAUUAGAAUUUGUUAAAUAAUAAGGACCUUGUUCAUCAUAUGAAAAAUUAGUAUCAUUGUUGACUGAGAAUUAAUGA